UGUUCGUUUUAGCAUCGUUCGCAUAUAGACUUGCAUAGACUGAUUCUACUACUUUCUACUACUCUAAUACUGCCACCACCGACACAAUGACCACCACAGCCCCCAGCCAGCGCCUCCUCCCCAGCCAGCGCCUCCUCCCCAUCCUCGUCGACCAGCUCGCCCAAACCAACCCGACUCAACGCGUCGGUCUCAUUCCUCAGGGUGCCGAUGUCGCGGACGGCUACGAGACCCUCACUAUGCAGCGUCUCGCUCGUGCCGUCGACGCGUUCGCAUUCUGGAUCGAGAAGAAAGUCGGCCGGGCCGAGAAACCAGAAACGAUCGCCUAUAUGGCGAGUAAUGAUGUGCGAUACUUGAUCUUCUUGUUGGCGGCGCAUAAGACGGGAUAUAAGCCGCUUCUUCCCUCGACCAGACUAUCGGAUGAUGCGUAUCAGCAUAUUCUGAACGCGACGGAUUGUCAUAUCUUUCUCUACACGCCGGAGAAGCAGCGUCGUGUGGCGGAGAUUCAGGCUUUCCAACAGGAUACCGCGUUUCAUGAGGUGCCGUCGGUUGUGGAGUUGCUGAAUGCUGAGGGGGGGCAUUAUUCGUAUACCAAGACGUACCGUGAAGCAGAGGAUGAUGUGGCGAUUAUUAUUCACAGCUCGGGCACAACCGGCAUGCCCAAACCCGUCCCCUUGACGCAUGGCUUCCUGGCCACCAUCGACUACGGGGCGUAUCUGUCCCGUCCGCCAACCCGCCAAGGCACCCUCUUCAACGACCUUCCCCCGGAUACUCUGGUUCUCUCCACCACCCCCUUCUUCCACCUCAUGGGUCUCCUCGCCUUCACCGAGUCCAUCUUCCACCACACUCCCUUCGUCGUCCUCCCCGACAAGCCUCUCUCCGUGGACCUCAUCUCCUCCGUCAUCACCACCACCCGGCCCACCGGCGCCUUACUCCCCCCGUCGAUCCUCGAAGACAUCUCGCAUGUCCCGUCCGCGCGCGCCGCCCUCAGCACCCUCCAAUAUGUCUAUUUCGCGGGAGCCCCUCUCUCCCCGGAAGUCGGCGACGACUUGUCCCAACUCACCCAGAUCAUCACCGUUCUCGGAUCCAGUGAAAUGGGACUCAUUUCCUCCUUCGUGCCCCAAGGAACGGGGGUCUGGGGGUACUUCGAAUGGAACCCCGCCUACGGAGUGGACAUGCAGCACGUCAACGACGGUCUAUACGAGUUAGUGAUUCCCCGUCGAGCGGACAGUCGUCAGGUCCACGGCAUCUUCCACACCUUCCCCGAGCGAACCGAGUACCGCUCGAACGAUCUAUUCGUGCGACACCCGGAGCGUCCGGAACUAUGGAAGUACCACGGUCGCCUGGACGAUGUGAUUGUGCUCAGUAACGGGGAGAAACUUAACCCCGUGACGCUGGAGAAGAUCGUCGAGGGACAUCCGCGCGUGCAGCGGGCGCUGUUGAUCGGACAGGCGCGGUUCGAGACGGCGUUGUUGGUGGAACCGAAUUGGGCAGUUGAAGGCGAGAAUGUCGAUGAAAAGGCCUUCGUGGAGAGUAUCUGGGAUACGGUGGAACGGGCCAACGAGGCGGUGCCCAAGUAUGGUCGCAUCGCGAAGAGCAAGAUUCGUCUGGCCGAUCGAAGCAAGCCGUUCAAGGUGACGCCCAAGGGCACGACGCAGCGUCAUGCCGUCAAUAAGGAGUAUCAGGAGGAGAUUGAGGCCAUUUAUGCGGCUGCGGAGGAGGAGGCGGCAGUCGAGAUGCCCGAGACUUUGGAUGCGAAGAGUUUGAAAGGGUUUGUGCACGGCCUCGUGGCUGGUUUGUUGGAGCGCGAGGAUGUUCGCGACGAGGAGGAUCUCUAUGCGGCUGGGCUGGACUCGCUGCAGACGAUCCAGUUGGCCAAGACGUUGAAUCAAGCGGUUUCAGCGCGCUGCGAGGCUGGUCGUGAGAUCUCCCAGCAGCAGAUUUACUCGCAUCCCUCGGUGGCCCAGUUGGCGCAGUACCUGCUCGACCUGGUGACGGGCAACGUGGGUGCCACUGUUUCUCGCGCGGAGCGCAUCAACGCGAUGCUGGAAAAGUACACCAGCCAGCUGCCGCAGCGCCAUACUCCGGCGGCACCGCUGUCGGACAAGUCGACGGUCAUUCUGACCGGCUCGACCGGCUCACUGGGCACGUACCUCCUGCACGCCUUGCUGGCGGACCCCACCAUCGCCAAGGUCUACUGCUUCAACCGGUCGGAGGCAGCAGAGCGUCAGAAGCGCGGGUUUGCCGAGAAGGGCUUAGACGUGAGUCUCCUGGAGAGCCCGCGGGUCGAGUUCUUGCAGGUCGGUUUCGGAGCCGAACACUUUGGCCUUCCUGAGGCCAAAUACACCGAACUUCUGCAGAGCGUGGACUUUAUCAUCCACAACGCGUGGAAAGUCAACUUCAACCACCCUCUCGAGUCUUUCGAGGAUCCGCACCUGCAGGGUGUGUUCGAGUUCAUCCGGUUCAGCACGCAGAGCACCCACAACGCACAUCUGUCUUUCGUGUCUUCCGUGGGCACCAUCGGCGGCUGGACCGCAUCCAUGGGCCCGGCUGUGCCUGAGACACCUCUCGAAACCGCUGAUGCCGUGCUGGACCAGGGCUACGGCGAAUCGAAGCACGUCGCCGAGCGAAUGUGUCUGGCUGCCUCUAGACAGUCCGGCGUACCCACGACCGUCUUCCGGGUAGGCCAGAUCGCAGGACCCACGAGGGUCCAGGGACUGUGGAAUCUGGACGAAUGGGUCCCAACGCUGGUGAAGACCUCCAAAGCCGUAGGGAAGGUCCCGGGCGAUUUGGGCGGAUACCUAGUGGACUGGGUGCCGGUGGACACCCUGGCCACCAUCACCACCGAACUCAUGCACACGCGUCGGGCAACGCAAUCCCACACCCCCCACGCCGUAUACCACCUCGUGAACCCGAGCAAAACCGCCUGGUCGACGCUCGUCCCCGCCAUCGCGGCCCGAUACCCCGGCAUCGAAGUCAUCCCGCUGGAUGUCUGGUUGACCGAGCUGGAAGGAAUUCAGUCGCCGUCGGAGAGUGAAGUGCGCGAGAAGCCCGCCCUCAAACUGUUGGACUUUUAUCGGGGAUUGGCGGGCGAGGUGCUGUCCGCGGAGAUUAGUGUGGAGCGGACGCGCGGGGGGAGCCAGACCAUGGCGGGUUUGGGAGCGGUGACGCCUGAAUUGAUGGGGAAUUGGUUGAAGCAGUGGGGGUUUUAG